AUGGCCUCGACCUCGACGAGUGGCCAGCUGCCCCACCACCAGAACGGCGGCAGCAGCUCCUCCCACCACCUCGACGCCGAACCGCUCUCGAACCGUACGUUGCUCGUCCCCUCCCGCCUCGACAACGACGACAUCACCAUCAACCUCGACGACCUCUUCUCGUCCCCCGACGACUCGGAGACGCAGAUCGUCGUCGACCUCUUCAAGGAUGAACGCGCGCCCGUCGUCUUUUGGGUGCGCUUGAUCCAAGAGGCGUGGCGGAUCAAGAGGUAUACGCUCGCGUUGGAGAUGUUGGAGCAGGGCAUAGCCCAUUUGGAUCCAAAGGGCAAGUGUACGCUCCUGUGUCUCAAGGCCAACUAUCUUCUCGCAUUGGCGCGCAAGGCACCCAAGACCGUCCUCUCCCAGCCAAGUCAGUCCAUCCACGCACCUCCAGAGCAUCUCCCCCGCCCCCCGCCCCCCGCCCCCCGAGCCACUCACCCACUCCGAUCAUCACGCAGGAGGAGGUCCCCCCUUGACCCACUCGUCCGAUCCCAACCACCCCGAAUCCAAGCUGCGCGACCCCCACGCACCCCCCAACACCAAAGACGCGCUCUGGCAAGCCGCCGAGGUCUGUAUCGGUAGGGCCGAGGGGACCCACGUCAACGACAAGACCAUCACCGAUCUCAAAGGUCGGUCAUCAUUCCAGGCCAGCUCCAGCCGGUCGCCUGACGCCUCGGCAUCAUGCUCAUCUGCUCGAGAUAUCCGACAGCCGUGCUCAUGCUCGCACGUGGACGAUUGGACGAGGCGUCGAGGCUCUUCGAGUCGAUCCUCGCGACGGAACCGACCCACCUCUACGCGCUCAUGGCAAGGGUGCGCAAUACCCAUCCUACCAGCCCCAAGACGCACGAUUGAACUCAUCUCCUGCCCACCCUCCCCGCAGGCUCGCAUCCUCUUUGCCCGGCGAUCGUUCCGACUCGCGCUCAAAGCGUACCAACAGGUCCUCACCCUCGCACCCAAAUUCCUCCCCGACCCUCGCAUCGGCAUCGGAUUGUGCUGCUGGCUCAUGGGCGAUCGCAAAAAGGCAAAGGCCGCAUGGAACCGAUCCAUCGUCGUUGUGAGUUCCAACGUGCCCUCUUGGCUGUAGACCAAAGAUACUCACAAACCGUCUUUCCUCUUAGCACCCCGACUCGUCGAGCAACUCGGCGACCCUUCUCCUCGGUCUUGCCCACCUCAACACCUCCAAAGACCCCACACUGGCCGGAGGCGAAGAAGCGCGCACCGAAGAAUACUCCCGCGGCAUCGAGUUGAUCCAAGCCGCUUUCAAGAAGGACAACACCAGCGCCGCCGCUCUAGGCGCCUUGGCCAACUUCUUUCUCCUCUCCGGUCGACCGGGCACGAUCAAACUCGCCGAACGUAUGAUCCAAUUCGCCGAUGCGCGCAUCCUCGCUUCGGAAGGUUACCUCCACCUCGCUCGAUCGCUCCAUUCCACGGGUGAUCGAAGCGCCGCUCUGUCCGUUUACCAACAAUCGUCCGAAAUGUUCCCCGACCAAUUGUUGGCGCUCUUAUCCGAAGCGCAGUUCUUGAUCGAAUCCAACAGUUGGCCCGCGGCGGUCAAUUUGUACGAGAACGUUUUGAGGAGGAAUCCUAGAUGCGUAGAAGCGCUUUGUGCGCUCGCUUCGAUUCAUGCCCAUCUGGCCUUUUCCGAUUCGUCAGUCGUCGAUUCCCAGGCCGAACGAAAAAAGGCCAAGGACGCUUACGAUCAAGUUUUGAGGUUGUUCGCAUCCGGUAAGGAGGCCGUCGAAGGCGUGCAGGAUCAUGUCGUCAACAAGUACAUCGCCAAGAGUGAACGCGUCAGGGAAUUGGCCAGGGACGAGCAAAUGUUCGUCGAGAUCGCCAAGGUGUGGGACGAUGAGAUGCAAGGUGGGGAAAGGUGUUCGAGGGCUUACCGCGAAGCCCAGAGGAUCUUGGACGAGAAGAAUGAGAAUGAGGAAGAUGCCGAAUUAGACGGAACGAAGAGGGAGGAAAGGGCACUAUUGGCGACCAGGUUGGCGAACAAUAUCGGCGUGCUUGAAUACCAUCGACAGGAUCCGAUCGCGGCGCAGGAGAGCAUCGAAACGGCUUUGGUCAAGAUUGGCGAACGGAUCACUUCGAGUGGGGGCAAAAUCUCCGAACAGGACGAUGCGGCAUUGAGCGUAUGCACCUACAACCGAGGGGUGAUCCUCGAGGCGUUGGGCGACGACGAACUCGCGAUCAACGAAUGCUACAACCAACUUUUGUCCCAACACCCCGAAUACAUCGAAGCCAAAGCCCGCCUCGCGCUCAUCGCUUUACGUGGAGUGACGGGUCCCCAACGACAAAAUAACUUUGAGCUCGCAAACCAAUACCUCAAGGAGAUGCUCACGACCAAUUCCGCUGCGCUCGAAGUACGUGCUUUGCAAAGUUACUACCUCUACACCGCGGGGUUGUAUCGCAAUUUGAAGGACUUCGCUCGCGCGACGUUGGAGUUGGACGCGAAAGAUGCUUAUGCGCUCACCGCACGAGGGAUCAUCGCUUUCCACGAAGCAAGGGAGAAUCGAGACCCUUCUCGAGAAGGGAGCAAGAUGCGUCAACAGCUGUUCGUCCGUUCGGCACAAUACUUUGAACGCGCUUUACAACAACACAAACAUUGUGCGAUCGCGGCUCAAGGGAUCGCCAUCUUAAUCGCGGAGAAUGUUUUGGGCAGUGGGAUCGAGACCUCGACGAUGACGGGGGAGGUCAAUACGGCGAUGGUGGCGAUGAACAAGAAUACGAGGGAUGCGUUGACGAUUCUGAACAAGGUCAAGGAGAGCGUCAAUGAUGCGAGUGUUUACGUCAAUAUCGGGCAUUGUCAUUUCCAUCGCGAGGAAUUCGAAAGGGCGAUCGAAAGUGUGAGUUCUGCUCCCGUCUCUGGGUGCUUUCCCGCGUUGGGACAAGCGCUGAAUUGCGAACGUGGAACUUCACAGUACGAAACGGCCUCGAAACGUUACCAUAAGGAUCAGGACGCGACAAUCUUGCAAUACCUCGCUCGAGCAUGGUACCACAAAGGAGUCAAGGACCAGUCCUUUAACGACAUCCGUCAAGCCCUCGAAAAAGGUCGUUUGGCGCUCUCACUCCAACCGCGCGAUCUGUCGAUCAAGUACAACAUCGCUUUGAUGCAACAAAAAGGCGUUCAGGUCCUCUUCGACCUUGCUCCCCAACGAAGGACUUUGGAACAAUUGCGUUUGGCGAUUCAGGACGCGAAUGAAUCGCAGGCGUUGUUCCUCGAGUUGCAGAACGACCCUACGGAUCCGGCACCUUAUCAGAAAGAUUUCCCUCGUCAACGCUUCAACUAUGGAAAGGGACUGUUGACUAGAGCGCCUUUGAUCCAAGAAGCGCAAGAAACGUACGAAGCGACGGAACAAGCUGCUGUGGAUCGAGCACGACAAGCGCGUGAGGAAGAACGAAGGAGAAGGGACGAGAUGGAGGCGCAACGGUUAGCUCAAUUGCAGGAACAGGCCAGUCGAUUGGCCGAACAGAGGAAGAGGAUGCAAGAAGAGGCGGCGCAGUGGACUUUAUCGGCUACUUUUGCGGAUAGUGAUGAAGAUGGGUUCGAGGUGGAAGGGAAGGAGAAGAAGAAGAGGGAGAAGAAGAGUGUUGGAGGAGGGAAGAAGAGGGGUAAGAAGGAGAAGAGGGAGGGGUCGGAGAGAGCGGAGAGCUCGAGUGAGGGGGAGGAGGAUAAGCCUAAGAAGAAGAGGGUCAAGGUCAGCCUCCGGGAGGCCAUUAAGGCGCUUGUCUCUGAUCCGCAGUACUGACCAUGCUCUGCUUACGUUUCCCUCGUUCGAACCGCAGGGCAAGUCCAAGAGGGACCGCCGAAAGAGUGAAACUCCAGGAGCGGAGAUGGACCUCGACGAGGAUGGCGAAGAGGCCGUUACCGGUGGCAACAGGAGGAAGAGGAUUGGGCGCGCGUCAAAGAACAUCAAAUCAAAGUCAGUUCAAGUGUCGAGAGCUUGAAGUGCAGAAUCGGAGGAUGGAUACUGAUGGUUCGAGUUGUGCCUUCGGUUUCACAGUGAGUUCAUCGAGUCGUCGGAUGAGGAGGAAUGA